AUGAUUCGUUUUAUGAAUAUUUGUAUUAAUGAAUAUAAUGAAUCGACACGUACACCGUGCGUUGGAGAAUGGAAACGUGAUUUCGAUCGGGAAAAGACUCUUGAUGCAAUAAAUACAUUUAGGAAAGAACUUGUGAAUGGAAGAGUUCGGUCUAAAAAUACCAAUUUCCCAAAGGGUAGAGAGAUGUAUAAAAUGAGAUGGAAUUGUUCAUUAGAGAAAAUGGCUCGUAAAAAAGUUUCUGAAUGCAAAUUUGGUUCAGAAUAUAACGAUGACAUUGGAGAAACUAUUCACACUUCACUUGAGCCUGCAAUUUCAAAUAAACCCCUUGAGGAUGCAUUAAAAAAUUGGUUAAAAAGUGUAGAGGACUACGAUGGCGACAGCCUGUCAGUUUGCGAAUUUACAAAUUCAUUUUAUGAUUUUGCACAGAUUGCAUCAGGAUCAACUACAGAUAUAGGUUGUGCUACAAAUAUUUGCAAAUUUGAGCAGGAUUAUGAGGGUGAUGACGUAGUAAAAGAAAGAAAAGUUCAGUUCACCGUUUGUAAAUUCUGGCCGAAUGUGGAAUUAUUCAAGAAAUUAUAUGUAAAGGGAAAGCGAUGUCAUAGAGGUUGGAAAUGCGCCAAACACGGUUCAUCUUGCAAUAGCGAUAAACUCUGUGAAUUCGAAUCGCCUGGGUAUUAUGAUGAAUGUUGUUAUGAGAAAUGA